AUGAAAGCUCUACAGAAACCCUUUAUAGUUAGAGUUUUGUCUGACUUUUACAAUUCUAAAUUAAUUUUCAUAGGAUUAGCCCUAACAGUUCUAGGAUUUAAGUAUAAUUGUUUAUAACUAUCUUUAGCUUUAUAAUCAUUUAUAAAAAAAAGAUGAUUAUCUAAAACUUGUUAUAUGGAUCAUACCUAUCAUAGCUAUUUUAGGAUUUUUGGAAAUGGUUUCUUAGGUAUACUUUAUGCUAAUAAUUGUAAAAUCAUGUUUAGAUAGAAAGUGAACAGAAAUUAUCAAUAAAAUAGAUUAUUGGCUAUUAGCAUUCUAAUUAUUUUGACUCAAAAACUAUCUUUAUAAUUAGCAUUGUUUUUAUAGUAUAUGGCUUCAUUUCUUUUAUAAUUUCACUAAUUUAAAGAAAAUUAUAACAACAGUUGGACANUUUAAUUUAAUAGAAAUACAAAGAAAUUUUAAAAUUUAAUUAAUUUUACAUAUAUGCAUACAAAAUAUUGCUUGCUCAUCUUUGA